UUCUUGACAGGAGUUCCUGUAACAGCAACAUGCUUCCUCGUUACAGGAAUAAAACAUGAAAUGUCAUCCUGGGUUCUGCAUUCCAGCAUCAACUGGCUAUUUAAGGUCUGUUCUCCAAACUGGGAUCGUCUGUCAGGAUUUAACGCAGCAAAGAUGGCGUCUGGCUUUCAGUUGGUGUUCCUCCUCGGCUCCAUCAUCGGCCUCUUGACUGUUAGAGCUGCGCCUGCUCAAAGUGACGGCCAGGAGAAGGCAGGUGAGUGUCCUGCUCCUUGCCCUCCUGGUUGGACACAGUUUGGAUCUCGCUGCUUCAUUUUCUACAACAACUACAGGAAAUGGUCUGAUGCUGAGAAAUUCUGCAUUUCUAUUGGAGGAAAUCUGGCGUCGAUCCACAGCUCUGAGGAACACACCUUCAUCAGCGAAAUGGUUCAAAGAGCGACCGGCUAUUCUCGUGACACCUGGAUUGGAGGCUAUGAUGCCGUAUCUGAGAAAACAUGGCUGUGGAGCGAUGGGUCAGAUUUGACCUAUCAGCGCUGGUAUUCCAACCAGCCAGACAACUCUGGAGGAAAUCAGCACUGCAUGGAAAUAAACUAUGCAGGAGACUACUGGAACGACAUGCCAUGCACCUCCAACAUGCCUUUUGUUUGUGCCAAGAAUCUGUGAUGGACCUGCAACAAGCAUCAUCUCAGGUUUCGUCUCAAAUUCAAACUGCACAUUUUCAUUUGAUUCCUGAUUUGUCUCCUUUAUUUGGUUUGUCCAGUCAUUGAGGUUAUAAUUUGUUUUAUGAUGAUUUACAAUCUUGAAAUUUGGUUAUUUGGAUUUUCUUUUGCAACAUUUUAUGUGGAUGAAUCAUUGAAUUAAAACGAACAGGCAACAUAUUUCUCUCUGUUUCAGUGUGUGUGUAUUCACUGUGUCUGUCUCUGUCGCCGUGCCUUUGGACACUUCACCUGCUGGUAUCAACGGGCCUUUCAGUAUCUGGAUAUGAAUAAAUCUGGUUCUACAUAAUCCUUUAUUAUGCACAGUCAGUUACCAACUGUUAAAUGGCCCCUUUGUUCCCAACAGUGAUAGAUUUUAGACAUUAUUUAAGAACUACAGCUCUGAAAGCUUCUUUUGAAGGAAUGUGCAUUCUUAAUUGUUGCCUAAAAAGCCCUCCCAUCUCUGCCAUGCAAUGACCUCUGACCUUU